UAGAUUUUCGAAAACCGUCCUUCUAAUCGAGAUGAUGCCCGUGGCUGGAAACAUACAAAGUGCGAGGAAGAACUGCCUUAGUCAAAAUUAUCCUUUUCGGAAGGACGAUGAUGAGCUGGAGGAUGAGGAAUGUGAACUUCCUCCAACGGAGUACGAGGAUAACUUUGCUUUUCGGAGGUUCGAAAAUAAACCGACGCUGAGGCGUGACUUUUUGCGUGAGCAAUUUAGAAAGAAAGCUACGCAGACCGUAAUUAAACAGGCCCAGCAACAGUAUGAAACGAUUCAUCGGCAGGAAGUUGAGCGGAUGCCGCUUAAGAAGAGACCAGACUAUUACCUGUCGAAAGACACCAACAGCGAACCUCAGUACAAUUUGUACAAAACUGAUGAUAUGACAACAUUCUGGAGCUAUCGGUCGAGAUCCAACGCUUCUAGGAGGAGAAAUUCCAAUUUCACAAAACCAAUCAGCGAACAGUUGGAUCAGCAGUUUGGAUAAUUAAAUGCACCAACUCAAAAUGAUUCUAUGUUUUGCAAGCGAUUUAUAUUUAGAUCACAAUUAUUAUUCUAAAUAAAGCAUCAACACUGUUUGCCAUCAUUAA